AUGAGAAUCCGGGCUGCUCGUGUGUUGAUUGUGGGCUCAUCGACGGCCCACGUCGAUAUGCCUCCCCUCCCACCGAAUAACACGCGACCCACACUCCUAGAUUCUCGUUCCCUACUAGAGACGCACGGCGCGGACCACGGCGCGGCGAUGGCGAGUGAUAGCCUUUGGAUCGGCGAUUCGGCUCGAUAUGGGGUGGCACCGCCACGAGUGCGGGGUAAGGACGGGACGAGAUCCCCCGAGGCCCCAGUCUGCCCCCACGCCCCUCCCCUCCACGACCCCCAUCUCCUCUCCAGCCUCCAACAGCCUCCCGCAUCCUCCCUCCCCUCUCGAGUCCCUCGCCCCUCGCCUCUGCAGGAGCCCCUCGACACCCCUAUUACCGCGGUGCCUGAGAUUCGAACAAAGAACAUGUCCGCACACCCGCCCGACCACAGCCCCCACGGGCACACGCCCACGUACACACACAGCAAGCUCGUCGAGCACGCCGCCAGCGACCAGCACCGCGAGGCGCACGUCAUGGGCCUCCGUCUCGUGCUCGGCAGCAUCCUGUCCCCCAAACGCCCCCCAUUGCCGCACUCCAGCUCGGGCACCUCCUCGCCCUCCUCGUUCUCCCACGCCUCCACCCACGUCCACGCCCACGUCCACCCCGCACUGGCACCUGCCUCCGCCCACGGCGGCGUCGACACGCCCCUGCCCCCUCCACCCCCUCCCCACCCCUCGCCCCUCCACACGCACCUCCCCACCCACCCGCACACGCCCUCCCGGCUCAGCCUCUCGACGACGCGCGCCUGCGCGGGUCGCCCCCGCGGCUCUCGCUCACGAGCAUGUCUCGCACUCGCAUACGCACACGCUUUGACACACACGCGCCCGUGCCGCAGCGCACGCCCUCCGAGUCGACGCACCCCACGCCCCCGGGCUCGCCUUCGCCUUCGCCCUCCCCGGGGCCCCCGACCCCACCCGCGCUGCACCCACACGCGCCGGGCCCCGCAGGCGCCACGUACACGCUGCCCUCGACGCCGCACGGGCACGGGCACGGGCACCACCCGCACGCGCAUGUGCAUCCCCACGCGCACGUCCACGCACACGCGCCCACUCUGCACGCCCCCGCGCCUGUCCCCGCGCUCCCUGCCCCGCCGCCCGACGCGCCGUUGCCCCUGUGCCAAAGCAUGACCGCGACCCCGCCGCCGCUGCCGCCGUCCUCCGGCUCUGCCUCGGGCUCGGGGACGAGCACGCCCAACGGCGGGAGCGCAGCCGCGCGCGCGCACUUCGUCGCGACGCUGCAGAGCAAGAGCGCGUGGGACGCGAUGGUGCACGGGACGUGGAUGUGAGCGCGGGCCCCCCGGGGACCUCAGGUUCCCUUCGUGUGUGAGGAUGGUGGGCGCAGUUGCCAGGGGUAUCGGUGAUAGAUGGCGGCUGCGGUGGUGGUGGUGGUGAUGAUGGCGAUACGCCGUCGGGUAAGAGUGGGGGUUGUAUGUAUGGCUUCUGCGUUCCUCUUCGUAGGACGAGUCCUCCAUUAUUCUCUUCUCGUUUGUUUUCUCUCUGUACUCUGUCUGUACCCGUCGUCUCCGUCCCGUCUAUUCUAUCGCCCAGUCUCGUCCAUCAGCCCGUGAGCUCGCGCGCCGUGUGUGAUAUGUAUUAUACACACUCUCUGUAUGCUGCGUGUACGCCAGACUCGGCCGUUAUGGCAUCGUAUCUCUUGUAGAUCUUCCUCGUUCCUC